GAACGUGGAGAACAGCUGCUACUGGUUUGGCAGCAGACCUUGGGAAACUGGUAACUUCCCGGGAGGGAAGUAACCAGGUCAGUCAGUGGCAAAGUCCAAGCUGUAGCUUAUGUUCUCUUCUGUGACAGUUUUUGGGGAGGGUAUUCUCUAUCUCCUAGCUUUAUUUUAGGGAUGCUUGUGUACUUCUGGGAAGUGGUGCUUGCUAUCUGGUGUGCCAGAUCGCAGGUGUUUCAGCUGAAUAAGUUGGCUGGUCUGCCUCAGUAGAGCCCUACAUUUUCGCUAACUGUUGUCACAGGACUGUAGAAAGAACUUUGCAGAGAUCACUGGCUCAUAAUGCAUGCUUUUUCAUGUAUUAACAUGUCUUAAAGUUUAUGCCAUCGAACUCAAUCUGAGAGGUAUCAUAGCACUCUGGAUGCUAAAAAAGAAGUUAUUGUUUCAUUUACUCCAACGUUUUAGAUGUGUUUUUAUGGAGUUCUGUUUUUGUUGUUUGUUUGGGUUUGGUGUUUUUGUUUGUUUAUUUAUUUUUCCUCAAGAGGAAAGAAGACUGUCAUAUUUCACCUUUAGUUGUUUGUUGCUAGUGAUAGAUGAAUCUUUCAUAUGCUUGUGAACUUGUAAAUUUCUGUUUGUUUCAGCAUUGUUGUUCAAUCAGUGUAAGUAGAUGGGAAGAUGAGGUUUUACCCUGAAGAUGUAACUGAAAUGGGAAACAGAAUAGCAGUAAAAUGACCCCGAGUUCUCCAAGCAGCAAACAAAACCUUAUAUUUAAUUUUAUAUUUUAUUUGGCAAAUAAAUAACCUUUGCUCAACAUAAAUCAUAAAAUUAAUUGAGCACAAGAUGCCCCUACAGAUUAGUAGUUCUGCCACCCUGGGAGCUUAAGAAAGCAAGCAGAGCAGGCACUUUGAAGCUGCAUUACACAUCAGUACAGAACAUUCCGUGGUAUCCAACUAUCCACAAAACAUCACGUACAUUACUAGUAGCAAAUGAUUACUCAUUAGAUUUGCCACGUGUGCUAUAGAUUGGGCACUUUAUGGUAUCUUUAUGAGCAUGUUAUGUUAUCUUUUAAUUUUUCUUGCUAUCUUUGAACCUGGGGGUAUUACAUAGUUCCGCUUGUGUUAUAUAGCUAAAGAACCUGUCCCAUCCACCAAGACUAGCUUUGUAGAAGUGAACAACAUAGCAAUCUAUUUAUUACUUACAAUAUGGAUAUCAAUAUGGAUUUAGAAGCACCAGCAUUUCCAUUUGUGCCCUCCAGAUAAACAUGGUAGCUUUUGCAUGCAGAAUGGCAGGAGGCCUUUUCAGAGUCCUGUUGUCAUGCACCUUAUGAAUGCUUCCUAAGAUGAUGUUCAUGAGUUGCCCUAUGCCCACUGAGAUUUUCAAUACUUGGCUAUAGAAAGUAUUGAUAUUUGGGAUGUCAAGCUUCAGCUAUGUGACUAUUCUGAGCAUCUAUAAUGUGCUUUGGAAAUACAUGUUAGAAAAUAUCUGCUUAUUUUUGGUGUAAGCCCACAUGUUAGAGCCUGAAGAGGUGGGAAGCUCUCGACAGGGAACUGGUUACCUGUGGACCUGCGGUUCAUUUGGGAAAACCAGCUCCCAGAGAGUAAAGGCAGCCUACUUUGUUACCACUGUGUGUGGUGAUAUCAGAGCAUUUGUGAAAGCAGAUAUUCUCAACUGACACCAGCCUUCUGUUCUUAAUGUGAGAAUUCUGGAGCCACUGCUGGUCACCUAGGGCAGCGAAGCAUUUUUAUCUCUUGCUAUACUCAUAAGGCUAGGGCUGUAUUCACUAUAUUCAAACUUUUCUACCCUUUCUGCAACCAGUGUCCAAGUAUGUUGCUAGGAAUUGGAGGGAUUAUCAUCUCUCUUGCAUCACAAGCAGUUGGGUUGUAGCUAGGAGGGGCUUUCGAAUGUCUGCAACUGCAGGUGCAAAAAAGUCAGCAUUUGUCAGGCAAAGUUUUGUAGGCAAAACAUGGUUAACAAUGGGUUAAAUUAUCUUUUGUCUGCACAGGCAUUACAUUUUGUUGCCAUGUACUGUGGUUCAGUUUAUAAGAACUCUCUGCUCCAUGUUGCUCUGGAGAGCCGGAGUGUGCCCUAACACAUCCUGAAAGAGCUUAUGAGCACCAGGAAGGUCUGCAUGGCCUGUUGGACAUGUGUUAGAUAUUUGCAGGGCUUGUGUGAGUGUGUGCAGUUACUAGCAAUGCAGUACAGUCUUUUAUGAUUCAUUAGUCUGCUUUACUCACAGGCAGGAAAAAAUUAAAGCUACCUGAAAUCUGAGUAUUAUUUCCUGUCGUGACAAACUGAUUAUUUCAGGGCAUGUUUUGAAUGAAACUUUUGAGAGCAGGACAUUCUGUUUUUACUACAAGCCUAUUUCUAUACUACUCAUAUGUAUUCAAAGCAAGUACUGUGAUUUUUAUUUUGCAACUGCUAUUUUAUGGAAGUGGAGCAAAUAAUUAUGUAUGCAGUAUGGCUUGGCAUUACAAUCUAUAUUACUUUCUGAGUAGAUUCUGAUUGAAAACUUGACUCAGAUUAAACUUUUUUUUAGAAAGUGAAGUUUCUACUGAGACUCUUAAAAAUCUUUCUUUGAAUAAAAAAAAGACCAAUUUAAAUCAAAUAACUCUUCCGUUUUGCGUAUACAGCACAUGACUCCAGUUUCUUCUUAGAAAAUUGUGUGGUUUGAGUAAUGAUUUCUUUUUUGUCAUAGGGAUUGGCUAGUUCAUCAGGAGAGAGACAAGAAGCAUGAGAGAAAUGAAAGUAGUAUGGGAGAGGAGGAGUAAACUGAAAAGAAAGUAAAUUCAGGUAAUAAGGUAGAAUCAAGUAGAGGUACAAUAAGACAAUCAACAUACAGGAAUAAUUUAAGUGCACCCAGCGUGAUGUUUGGUUUUGUUUGGCUUUUUUUUUUUUUUUUUUCCCUUGAGCUUUACAUAUUGUUCUGCUACAAGUGUAGCUUGGACAAAUUUGGUUUUUUUGUGAUUUGGCCAGUCCUUGCUAAAGCAGUCUCAGUCCUGACAGAUUUGACUGGGGAGGGAGCAAGAGCUGUUGUUACUGCCUUACCUGCCUGAGGAGCACUGGGUGAAUGCAAGGAGGAUGAUGAAUGCUGCAGUUCCCUUAGGCUCUCCCUUCCCUGCAGUGUAAAAAUUAAUGUACAAGGAGUACAUCUGUGCUCAUGGCUCUAUGUUCUGGUUUUUUUUUCACUGAUGCACAGGAAUGUAUUUAAAGCUCUUUAAAAGUAUCGCAUUAAUUGAGGACUGAAGUUCUGGCUUUUAAGAGUCGUGGCUAUUUAUUAGCUGCUUGUAACGGACUGUUUCUGCCAUAAGUGAUCCAUAUGCUGAAUGUUGUAAUCCCAAAGCACUGCUAAGAGAGAAAGUAGAUAAUUUUUCUUUUAACAAGAAUUUAGCUCUUUAGCGUGGUAAUUUUUAUGGGUGGAAUCUGAAAUAUCAGAGGAGAAGAAUAGUAGUGUGCUACUGAUGCUCCCUGUAGUUAUAUGGUCAGGUUGAAAGGAUAUAAAUUCCUGUCUUGUCAUUCAAAAGACUAAAAAAGGUCUAGUCCACCACCAAAGUAUUUUUUUUCUUUUUUUCCUUAUAACUUGGGCUCUACAGAUGCUUACUGUACGGCGUCAGACACGUAAUUUGAGUGACUAUCCAUCUUGGCUCAGCUCUCCUCUCACUCUUGGUAGCUAAAGAAAUCUAGGUAACCAUGGAAUAAUAUUAAUUCUUCCAAAACCAAAUGCAGGUCUGAGUUGAAAUGACUCCCACAGAUGCUGUAGUGGAACAGCUAGAAAUGCUACCUUGCGAUACAGUUUGUUCUGGAUAUAGGUCUUGUCCUUUCGUUAUAGCAUCUGGUGUAAUGUGUAUCAGAACUGUAGCUCAAAAUCUUAUGGGUCAAAUAUCUUCCUAGUUCAAGCACUUUUUCCUCAGUGAGCCUGUUUUUAUGUUAUUGUGCACACAGUACUACUGUUGUGCUAACUCAAAUAGGGGGUUUUUUUGUAUCCCUCUGUUAGCUUUUCAAGUCCUGUUUGCCCUGAGUUUCCCUGUUCCAAGCAGACCAAAACCUGGUCAAUAGUAAAGUUACUUUCUGUUUGGGUUUUUUAUUUCUAAUUGUGGGGGUUUUUUAUUCACUGAUUAUUGUCACUGCUAAGGACAGACCCAGUACCCUUUCUAGUUAGUGCUCUGAUAGUUUCCUUUUCUAUUCCUUUCAAACUCUGCUUUUCUGCUGUUCCCCCCACCCCACCCCCCGCUUUUCAUUUGGGAAGAUGACAGCAGUCAUUUGAUCAAAUGUAAACAGUGAAAUACGGAAUCUGAAACCAUAGAUCAUUGUGUGUAUACAUAGUGGUUACUUAGCGAUAAUAUUAUUCCAGAAAAGGUAGCUUUGUAAGCAUAAGAACUAAUGAAAAUUUGUUUCCUACAGACUUCUGUGUAAUGGUUGAUCAGCUUUGAUGUCCAAGAUUCAAGCUCUAAUGGAAUCUUUUCUCCUGGACAGACCACUUACAAGGCUCUCUCCUAUGUGGAUUAUCUGAUAAGGACUGCACUCACACUCCAGAGUUUUCUUCAACAGAGAACUUACAAAGACUUUAUAUUGCUUUAGACACUUAAAUGUUUCUGCCCUCAGUGUCAGAAUUGGUUAUAAAAGACUAAAGAUUCUGGUUCACAAAUUAUUGAAAGGUGGAAAUAAAGAAAUACACACAUAGACGAAGUGAUGUUAUUUCUUUUGGAAACUGUGCAAAACCCCAAAACACUUUAUGUCCCGGGACGAGACAGUGUGUAAAUACUGUGGGGUCAGCUAUUUGAUACUUCAUGAAUUUAAGGCGAUGGAAGAAAAAGUAAAAGCAAUGGAAAAGGAGAUUAAAUUUUAUGAAGGAAGUAUAGAACGAGAAAAAGGACUUCAAGCAGAACUGCAGUCUCUUUACCAAGACCUUGAACACUAUCGAGCUGACAGUGAAUCAAAAACAGAAAGAAUAAAAAACCUAACAGUGGAACUUAAAAACAAGCAAGAUGAAUUAAAAAGUGUGAAAAAUGAUUUGCUCUAUUUCCAAGAAGAAAAGGAAGCUGCCUAUAAGCAAUCACAAGUGCUCAGAAAUACAUUGGAACACCAUUGUUCAACUCUGAACAAGGCUGUCUCACUAUUUCCUUUUAUUAGAAGUGAACUGGACAGUAUUAAAGAAGUAAUCUCCAGUAACCUGGAGAACUGGGCUGCGAUGAAAGAAGAAAUUUUUCUACAAAUAAAAGCCGUUAGCAAAGAAGCUUUGACAGAAAUACCCAAACUAAAUCAAAGAUUAGCAAAAUCCCAGAGAGAGAAUGAAUGCCUCCAAGAAAAGGUAAAACAUCUGACGCUGGUGGCUGACACGGUUGAGCUGAAAACUCAACAACUUCAAACUUCACUUCAGCAAGGGAAUGAGCUACAAAGCAGAUGCCGUGAACUACAAAAGGAAACAUUAGAUUUAACAAAUCAAGUAGAGACUAUUGGACUGAAGCUGCAGAAAGUGACAGCCGAGAUGGACCACUACAAAAAGCUGUUGAUGGUAAAAUCAGCGGAACUUGAUGUCUGUCAAAAUGAACUGAAGAAAAUGAAAUAUGAAAAUGGACUUUCUGAGUCAAGACUUACGAAAGAGCUCAAGGAAAAGGAGGAAUCUCUUCUAAUUUGUCAACAAGUAUGCAAACACUUACAGGAAGAAGUGGCUGACAAAGAAAGGAAAGAAGAAGAUCUAAAAAGAAGAACUGGUCGAUCAGAAAGUGAGCUAGAAGCACUUAAAACUCUUCUUCGACAAACAGAGGAAGAGGUGGUGAUGUUGAAACAAGAAAGGGAGUUAAUGCUGAUUUCUCAUCAGAACAGAACAGAGCAGCUGCAGGAAACAUUAAGACAGAAGAUGAGGAAUGAAGAUAACUGGAGGGAGAAGAUGGAGAUUGGUCUGGCUAAAGGUGAAGCACGACACAAAGAAGCAAUUCUUAAAGUCAAGGAAGAAGCGAGAGUGGAACUAGACAUUGAGAGACAAAAACAGCAAGAACUAAUCACAAAAUAUCAGAGAGAUCACGAAGAGCUCCAGAAGAAGAUACCAGGUUUAAUAUCCAGUGCCACCAAUAGCUUAAGGAUGGAGACAGAAAUUCUUGAAAAGAAGCUACAAGAUGCACAGAUCAAACUCGCAGAGAAAGAUGAAGAUAAGGAAAAAGAAAUUCAGAGCCUUAAAAGACUAAUUACUGAGCUUGAAUUUCAGCUGACAAUGGAAAAGAACAAUAAUGAAUCAUUUCUGGACAAUAUGAGGAAAGAAAUGAAACACAAGUCAGAUGAACUGGAAAAAUUAACCCAGGAGAGGACACAGCUGAUUCACAAUUUGAGUCAAGUUCAAGAGGAGAACACUCUUCUCCAGGAAACGGUGCGCAGAGAGUGUGAGGAACGCUAUGAGCUGACUGCAGCUUUGACUCAAGCCAGGGAACAAGUACUGGAACUAAAAAAGCUCAGUGGAAACUUCCCGUUAUCGCCGUGUUCCCUGGCUCAGGGCAGCCUAACCUCCCCUGCUGCCCUGCUCGCUGAUUACGGACAGAAGAGCCGCACAAGCCCGGGCACUGGGAAGGAAAUCAAUCUCUCCGGACAGUUUGGUAUUUCACGAGCUGCGAAGGCACCCACCUCCGGUAAGCGUAACAGCAGCAGCAGCAUGGCCUUGCCGGCUCUAACCCCACCGCAUCCUCCAAGAGGAAGGGCAGCUUCGCUGAAUGAGCCCAGGAGCAGGAUUACUGCAGCUAUAAGAAGACAACUGAGUCAGCUCUGACAGCCACGUAUGCAUGCAUAGCGCAUGGGAAGCCAUUCCAGUGCAUCAAAUGACCAUUCAAAUGACCAUUUACUUGUGGACCCUGAGGGUCAAAUCUUAGCUGAUGCAAUUCAUGCAUUUUGACAACUUAAUUUUAAGUUAAACUUUUAUACAUUUGUAAUGCCGUAAUGUUUCUUUGUCCAUUGCAUAUCGGCGUAACUAAUUGCUACCUACAUUUCAAAAUGAGAAAAGUAAAAAACAAAAAAUAUUGUCUCUCCAAGAGGAGCACAUCUUCAAUAGGCGUAAUUAAAAUAAUUGCUAAUUUCAAAUACUAUUUUACUUAACCACUUCA